CCCUCUGUGUGCGUGGAAUAUUACAGGACACUGAGCCCCUUACAUAACCGGCAAUGCAGCGUCACCAUACGUACCGUGCUGCCAACACUACUUGGAGAUUUGGUGACGAGGGCCCUGAUGUGCAGCGCGAUCCUUUCCAUGCCAUGGAUCCUCUGGGCGCCAGGUCGUGUUACGUGGAUGUGGACACUCUCCCAUGCUGGUCGGAGGGUCCGCCCGGAGAAGAUGUGCUGGAUUCCUCAUUGUCUCAACAGCCAGAGCUGAGCCGGGGGGAUCGUUCUCCGUUCCCUUACCGGGAAGACAUCAAUGAGAAGAUUGUGUUAUGGGCUGGCGACGUAGCGUUACUGAACUGCACCGCAGUGGUUAAUACCAGCAAUGAGACGCUUACUGACAAGAAUCCCGUGUCUGACAGUAUAUUCCGCUACUCCGGGUCCGAGCUGCUCGAGGAAAUGCCAAAACUGAAAGGUUGCAGGACGGGGGAAGCCAAACUAACCAAAGGGUUCGGUCUGGCGGCUCGUUACAUCAUCCACACCGUGGGUCCGAAGUACAAGACCAAAUACCGCACGGCAGCCGAGAGCUCCCUGUACAGCUGCUAUCGGAAUGUCCUCCAACUGGCUAAGGAGCAGUCCAUGUCUACGGUGGGAUUCUGUGUGAUCAGUUCUCAGAAGAGGUGUUAUCCGUUAGAGGAUGCAACGCACAUUGCUCUCCGUACUGUGCGCAGGUUUCUGGAGGUCCAUGGUUCCGCUCUGGAGAAAGUGGUGUUUGCCGUUACAGAGCAGGAGGAGAGCGUAUACAUGCGUCUGCUUCCUGUGUAUUUCCCGCGAUCUUUGGAGGAAGAGCUGCGUUCGCGGCCACUUAUACCCCCAGAUAUCGGUAAUGCAGAUGGGGAGCCAGUGGUGCCGGAACGUCAGAUUCGAAUCAGUGAAAAGCCGGUAACAUAUGAAGAUGACUCGUCGGAGGACGAAGGGCUGUCUCUGGGCCUGUCUUUCAUCGGAUCUCAUGCGUUUGCUCGAAUGGAGGGAGAUGUGGACAAACAGAGGAAACUUGCCCUCCAGGGGCAGAUGUCUGGAGCAGCUCUACAGAAACAACACCAGAGAAACUAUAAUCGCUGGCUUUCCCGAGCUCGCACUGAGGACCUCUCGGACAUCGCUGCUCUCAAAGCUCUAUACCAGUCUGGCGUGGAUAACUGCGGCAGAACAGUCAUUGUGGUCGUAGGAAGAAACAUUCCUGUGUUACUGAUUGACAUGGAGAAGGCACUGCUGUACUUCAUUCACAUGAUGGAUCAUGUUGCUGUCAAAGAGUACGUCCUGGUUUAUUUCCACACUCUUACUGGUGAUCACAACCACCUGGAUUCGGACUUCCUCAGGAACAUACAUGACAUUGUGGAUGCCAAGUAUAAGAAGAAUUUGAAGGCUCUCUACUUCGUCCAUCCAACAUUUCGCUCCAAGGUUUCCACAUGGUUUUUCACGACUUUCACAGUGUCUGGUCUGAAGGACAAGGUUCACCAGGUAGAGAGCUUGCACCAGCUCUUCACGGCCAUCUCCGUAGAGCAGAUUGAAAUCCCUCCAUUCGUCCUGGAUUAUGAUGCCCGGGAAAAUGGUCCCUUCUUCCCUUCACAUUCAUUCUCCGGCCUCUGACCUUCGCUUCUUAGAGACUGUUUGGGAUAAGCCAGCCUCUCCCGUGCGUUGGGAUAUUGGGGUACAGCCAAGGACUCGUCCCUCUGGACGGAUGAUGCUGUGUAGACGUGGGCUGUGACCCUCCCUGACCUGGUGAUGUCAGAGAUAUUAUUCACAUAUUGCUUUGGCAGAUAGUGGGCUGCUACAUUUUAUUUAUAAUAUCUGUCCCGUGUAAAUAAACCGCCCGGAAAAUCUGUCAUUCCAGCAUUUCCCAGUGGAGUCGGAUUCACACAGACUGCUCUGUUCAUUGGACGAUUGUCCGAUUGUUUUCUGAAUAAAGUCCCUUACAAUGUGUGCUUUUUUAUGGCUUGUGCAAUUCUCUGGAAGACCUCAUUUCAGCACAGCACCGAUCUAUAGCUCCAUUAACUGUGAAACGAUAAACUACAAUCCCUUUUUUUUCCGAUUUCUAGAUCUUUCCUUUGCGAUGUAGAAUUUCAGAUUGUUCGUAAUCUUAAUUCUUCUGGAAGCACAUCCCUCCCUGUAUUAUAUAUUAGAAGUGGUGGGUAAUAUGCCUUCCAUGCUGGCUUAGCCAGUGCAGGACAACUUACCGUUUACUGAAAUGUACAGAUUGGACAGGUUUGGAAUAAAAUACAUUUCUGUGAUUAAUAAAUAUAUUGGAAGAAGA